AUGUAUGGCCUGAACAGCCGUGCAGGUCACUUAGCUGGCAUCUUUGAAAACAACGAUCAAACCUAUUCUGUAGAAAAUUCUCGUCCCUUCAUCCCUACCAAGGAAACACACGCAAAUGAUGAUCAUCAUGGACAUGCUGAACACAAUCCAGAUGUUUACCACUUUGAAGUUAACGGUCCCCAAGAUCAUUUCCAACCCUCGAACUUUGGCUUUAAAGGUGAUUUUGUUCGUGGGCAUUUGCAUGGCUGCACCGCUCGGGUCCAUUGUCUUUCAAAGGUAAGCAAGACUGCAUUUCCACCAUUUAUAGCAAUCGUACUUGAUAUGUCCGAAAAAUCAAUAAAUCAAUAA